CGAGAGGCAUCCGGGGGAACUGGGCAGCUGGGCAUCGCGGAUGGCCGGGCGCUCCGGGGCUUCCACCAUGCAAACAGCCCAGCCCGGAGCCCCGAGCAGGGAGCAAGUUUUUGCUGACUACAUCAGCUACUACCGAGAAAGGGGGUUGGAGGGUAAACUCGGGGUCUGCAGGCAAGCGGCGCUCAGAGAAAAAGCCAGACAAUUCCUGGCCUCCGCUUCCCACCUGCCCGAAGGGUUGCCAACAUUUCACUUCUCCAGUCUGGUGGAAAGUUGCUGCUUAGGCGGGGCAACGGACCGGGAAAGGCAAACCUGCCGCAGGGUGGUCCAAGCGCUGGAGUUCCUGGAGCUGAUCUGUGUCAACCUGUUUCUUUCCCCUUGGAGAAGGGAAAUCAAAUCACUCAAGACGUUUACGGGAACCUUUGUGUACUCCGUUCGAUCCGGCCUUCCCGGAAACCUGGCGGAAACGGUCCUGGAGAAGCUGGGCUAUGCUGCCGUCACGGCGACGGAAUUCUCGUUGGUCAGGAAGAUCGAGGAGGAGGAGGCCAAGCAGAUCGCGUUUGAGAUGUUUCUUGCCAGAAUGGAGUGUGAAAUCUUUCUGGAAGAGAGCAGCGAGUGCUGUCCCAUGGAGCUGUGGGAAGGGGCCCAAACGGGUGGCCGGCAUGACCUGGAGAGCAUGCUGAUGCCAGAGAAGCCAGACCCUCCUCAAAGGAGCCCUGGGGGCAGCCCCAGGAUCCCUGGAGGAGAGAGUGGGGAGGGGUCAUCCCAGAACCCAGCCAUGAUCCACAAUGCCCCUGCCCCGGGCCCAACCACCUGUGUGUCUGGACACCUCUCCGGCCGGGGUUCAGACAGUGAGGAGUUCCUCAGCAGGUACAGUGACAUCUUCAUCGGGCAGACCCCUGUCUUCCCGGAGGACUGCUCUCCAGGUCGCCAGAGGAGGCCUCUGGCCACUGGCCCCGCUGCUGCCUGUGAACAACUCAUCCUGUCCAGCGGGGCCGCAGCCGCCAGGCCCAUCACUCCGCUGCUCUUGCCGGGCGACAGUGGACCCCAAGCCCUGGCCAUGUUUGUUGAUGUUCCUUCUGGCCGGGCCCAGGCUCCAGGCCUAAACAAAACCCUCGAGUGGCUGGCUGCAGUCAGCAACGUAGAUUCCUUUGAGGAGGAGGAGGAGGGAAAACAGGAGGGGGAGGAGGAGAAGGAGGUUGCCACUUCCACCCGGCUGAGCUCCCCACCAGGCCACCAGCCUGAGGCCCCCACCCCUAGGGCUCUGUGCAGCCCCUUGGGCAGUGCCGCCCUGGAGCAGGAUCCCUCCAGCGAGGACGAGCUGGGGGAGGUGUCCUCUUCCCUCAGCCAGCUCGACAUCAGGACAGCCAGCAACGACCGGCUUGCACAGCUGGGCACGGAGCCCAACAGAGAGGGGAGUCGGGGGCCAGACCGGCCCCCAAGGGGUAGCCCCUGCCCGGCCGAGGGAGAGCCUCCGGCCACCGGACCUCCACAGUCCUCCGAGCUAGCCGCCGACCCCUGCAGCCAGGGCCCUUCGGAAAGCAGGCAGGGGCCCGAGGAGCCUUCUGACCUCCAGCGAGCCACUUUGGUCUCUCGCCACGUUCGAGAGCCUCCCGGGGCCACCUACGUGCCCCCCGGGGCCCUGGCAGCCCAGUGUGCCGGCAACACCCAACCGUCCACCUCCCCCUCAGGAGCUCGGCCUCAUUGCAGCGAGCCCCGCUUCAAAGCAGCAACCAUUGAGGGGGCAGGUAGAGGUGCAGACGAGGGAGACUGAGCGGGGGCCCUUUGGCCCACAGAAGACUCCACAGAAGACUGGGGUGGGGGAACAACAGAAUUCCUGGGGGGAAGCCCGGGAUUUCGCUAUGUCCAGAAACGAGUCAGACCACAGAGCCCCGAUGGGUAAGGAAGGGACUGUGAAUCUGGCGUAGAAGGGAAGGUCUGUGAGUGAUGCCCCGGUGGAGGGGAGAGCAGAGGGCGGCGGGAAGAGGGCUUCCUUACGAAAUCUGGCCUGGACUUUGUAAGAGGAUGUUGUUUUAGCUUGAGAGAGGUCGAAGAGGAGAGAGUGGCAAUGCUUGCUUUGCUUCCGUCACCCCAGUCCCAGCUACGGCGUCACCUGAGCACCCUGAGAGCUGGGCUCUCCCCCCAGGAGCCCCUUCUAUGGGUCUCGGCACUGGGGCCGGCCGAGUGACCAGCAAGAUGCUGGGCAACAGUAAACCACCUGUUAGUGUCCCCUGAGCUCUGGGGCUCAGAGAGGAAAGAAAACCUCAGUCCAACCCACCAAGGCCGGCCUGAGCCCUCGGGCAACAGAAGAGCUGAGGAAGGAGGUUAGGGCCCGGGGGUUGGGCAGCUGGGAUUCAGCUCUACCAGACGGGGAAGGAAAGAAAACGGAGCCUCAACCCAGCGGAGCAGAAGAUCCUGGAGCAACAGCCAACUUCAGAGCUGCAGCCCAGCCUGGUGGAAUGAGCGUGGGAAGGGAAAUCCGGAGACCCGGCCUCUAGUCUCAGCUCUGCCAGCUGGCCUGCUGUGGGACCUUGGGCAAGUCACUUCACCUCUCUGGGCCUCAGU